AUGAUUACAUUGAUUCCUGGACAAUCAUCGUUAUCAUCUCCAAUAACAUAUCGACGUAGUCAAGAUUUUACUAUUAGUUCAAUGAUUCAAUUUAAUUGUAAUGGUUCACUUUCAACAACUGCUAAAUGGAUUAUCAAAAGUUGUACAUCGGCAUGUUCAUUUCAAAUUCAACUAAGUAAUAAAAUUAGUACAAUAUUAAGUGAACUUUAUAUUCCAUCAAGAACAUUGGAUUAUGGAAUUUAUGAAUUAACAUUAACUGUCACAAUGAUUGAAUCGCUUAAUCUUAAAUCUUCAUCUUCAGUGUAUGUAAGAGUAACUGCAACAGGCAUAACAGCAAAUCUUGUUCAAUUAGGAACAUCAAUGAUAACACGUGG